CCAUCUCGAAGUUUGUUUUAUUCGUUUUGUGAGCUUUCCCAUCACCAAACUUGUGUGUUUUUUGCUUCCGAGCUCUGAACUUGACCGACGCUGCUUUCGCAUAAAAAAAUGGCUUUCUUCUUCAACAAAACAAACAUUGCAUCCCAUUUUCGAUCUCAUUCCCAGAAGACUGAAGAUUUCGCUUCUUUUCCGCGCCGUCGAUUCCACGUCGAACCCGGGCCUCGUGAAAAAGCUCUCCUGGCAGAAGAUUCAUCUCUGAAGCCAUUCAAAUCCUAUAAGAAGAGUGUAAAAAAGCUCAGAAAAAUUGGGGAUGUUCUGACAAUUGUUGUUGUUGCAGGGUGCUGUUACGAAAUAUAUGUCAGAGCUGUUACAAGAGAGGAAGCUAGGAAACAGUAAGGUUCUGAAAGAUCUGGAUGAAGCAAAUAUUGGGAGUUAGUUUUCUGUUUUGUUGUAUUUUUAUGGCAACAAUGUGGACGUUAUGAUUAGCCAUGUUAGAAUAAGCAGAAAAGCAUUUGAACCAAAAUUGCUUGUGCGUUAGUAGUAUUUUCACCAUUCCAGAGAUGUAUACUGUGACUGUCUGAUGAUAAUGUUCAUUGGCUGAUACAAAUUUGCUGCUUCAGGCGUGAGAAACAAAAUUGGUAAUCAAGUUUGAGGGCGAGCAGUUGUUUGGGGGAGUAGUUGUGAUGAUCUAUGAGAUGUUUACUGCAAUUCUAUAAUAAUGCUUUGCCUGAAAUGUUAAAUGAAUAUGAUAAUCAUAUUAAUGGGAAUUGUAACCCGGUGCUGGUCAAGA